AUGCGUAGUGACAUUCUAGUAUAUUCAUCCGUUUCAUUUAUCACAUUCAUCGUAGCAUUCGUCGUUUCAUUGCGUUCAUUUAUUGAAUCUGACACAUGGAAUACGGUGAAUGAAUGUUAUUCGACUGCUGAUAUUGACACUAUGAAUGUCGUUGUACGGCUGCUCCGAGAAUCCGAUCAACCUCCCUUUCGACUAUUCGGACAGCCUGAUACUGUAGUUUGUAGCAGUUAUCUGUCAGCUUUUUUCGGCUAUAUUGAGACACAGAAACUUCAUGUAAAUAUGGCAGUGUGUGUGUCGAUUAUUCUUGGAAGAGCAAUAAUUGCUUUAUUUUUUGAUGAUCUGUGGCCAACCGAGAGCCAGCACAUAUAUGAUCGAAUGUUGAAUUUUCUUUUAUUCAAAAUCAUCUUCAUUGGUGCUGUCAUGGACCCUGUCUGGAGGCACAUCCUGAGGCUGUCAAUGUGGGUUGGAGUAUUGGGAUUUAUGCGAAUCUUUAGUUUAUUGAGUAGAGACAGAUUUGACAAUCUCACUACAUUGGCUUAUACUUCUCCAGUACAAUACUACAAGAUUGCUGGUCUGCUGAGCGUCCUUUUUGCAUGCAGUAUUGCAUGGUAUUUAGGCUGCUUUGUAUUUUUCCCUGCAUCAAUUACCUUUCUUACGCUCGAGUUCUUACCGGUCGUUCUUGACACAGUACAGGUCAUGACGAAAUAUUUUGCCCAUUUGCUGGAUCAAUGGCGUGAAAAUGGCUUUGAAAGCAAGAGAAUCAUCAGUUACUACACAGAACUUGCAGCCGAUGUAUUGAUCCUAGGCUGUACUCUGUUACAAUACCUUCAACUGCUGUGGAUGCAUGGGAUUUCGUUUGGCUUGGUUGAUAUCGUACUUUUGCUGAAUGUCAGAAGUGUCUUGAAAAACUUGCACAGUAAAUUACAGAUCCACCCAGAAAUAGCAGCCUAUAAUGAUGACUGUGCAAUAUGUCGUGAAAAGAUGAAGACAGCCAAGAAGUUGGCUUGUGGCCAUCUAUUUCAUUUACACUGUCUACAUGCUUGGAUCCAACAUCAUGUAUCAAAACCUACAUGCCCUACUUGUCGAAGGCCUUUGUCCCCCUUGUCAAACGAACAGAGCUCAUUAGGAAGUUCACUACUGGCUCACCAAAUGACAAGUCCUGUCUAUUGA